CAACAUUUGAACCGCAGAAGAAGAGUCUGUUGUUACUGAUGUUGGAGAAUAAACCGUUAGUGGUCCAGUACAGUUACUGGAGAUAAAAUUUAAUCUUUUAGAUAGUGACUUCGAUAAGAAUAGCGUUAUUGGAUCUGUGUAUCUGCAUAACCGGGAGGUCUAGUCCCGCUGUAGAUGUUGACUUUGUUAGGCAGAGUUCUUAACUCAUAAUGAGUUGUAGUAAAUGUGGAGAUUGAGAAAAUUAAGUCUGGUUGUUCGUUUUAACCGUUGUGCAGAUGGCAGGUAGGAGGAGGCUGCUGCCCUGUGUGGGUCUGGGGUUGCUCGCUGUCCUCUGCUGGGUGUGGGUCUCCUUCGCCUCUCUCUCGGGGGACCAGCUUCACCUGCAGGUCCUGGAUGUGGCGGAUCUAGGAGCCUUUCAGCCGCAGAGCGCUCUGUCGGACAUGGAGUUUGCCUCUGUCGCCUCAUACAGAGGACCAGGAAACAGUGACCGCCGCAGCAACAGGGAGCUGCCAAUUCUCCUCUGGUGGAGCGGGGGGCUUUUCCCACAUUUCCCCGGUGACACUGAACGCAUCGACUGCGCCACGUCCUCCUGCCUGGUGACGAGCAAUCGCAAGGUCCAGCGGUACAAGAGGACAGCAUCUAUCAUCUUUUACGGGACAGACUUCAGGGCCUAUGAGGCUCCACUCCCUCGCCUGCGCCACCAGACCUGGGCACUUUUCCACGAGGAGUCACCAAUGAACAACUACAUCCUCUCCCACGGACCUGGAAUCCGGCUGUUUAAUUACACGGCCACGUUUCGCAGGGAGUCAGACUACCCCUUGACCCUGCAGUGGCUGCCCUCCCUGGAAUACCUGCUGGAGCCUGUGGCUGUGUCUCUGAAGGAGAAAAACCGCCUCAGGAGGGAGGGCUUGGCUCCUGUGCUUUACAUGCAGUCUCACUGUGACGUGCCAUCAGACAGAGACCGAUAUGUCCACGAACUCAUGAAGUACAUUGAGGUGGACUCCUAUGGGAAAUGCUUGAACAACAGACCUCUCCCGGAACACCUGGAGGACACAGCCACCGCUACUGGCGAGGAACCGGGAUUUAUGAAUUUCGUUGCACGCUACAAGUUCCACCUGGCACUGGAGAAUGGCAUUUGUCCCGAUUACAUAACAGAGAAGCUUUGGCGGCCCCUCCACCAGGGCUGCGUGCCCGUCUAUCGAGGCUCCCCAGUGGUGGCUGACUGGAUGCCCAACGACCACUCUGUCGUAAUUAUAGAUGGCUUUCCCUCACCCAAAGCUCUCGCUGACUUUCUCAAGCGCCUGGAUGAGAAUGAUGAUGAAUAUGUUAGAUAUUUAGAGUUCAAGAACCCCAAAAGGAUUACCAACACUCGCUUGCUGGAGGGCUUGGAGACCCGUGAGUGGGGAGUUAAUGACAUGAGUAAGCCUAACUAUUUAAAUGGAUUUGAGUGUUAUGUUUGUGACCAGGAGAAUGCUCGAUUAGCUGCAGAACGAGCGUACAGGAAGGACCCGAAGAGAAACCAAUCUCUUCAGCCUAAAUUAGCCAGUAACUCCCACAUGGGCUGCCCACUGCCCAGCCCGGGGUACGGAGACGUCAAAGACUUGCCUGCAGACGACGGAUGGUUGCAAAUAUGGCCUCAGGAUUACUGGCAGAGCCUCGACCAGGCUGAGGGGCUGGAGUCCCUGAUAAGACAGAACGAAUCGGACCCCUCUCUGCUGUGGAAGCACAUCCAAAGUAUUGCUGUGAGCCGAGCCAGAGGAAAACACUGACAGGCUCUAAAACAAACGGAGCAUGGAGCCCAUCUAGGACUGCAGGGUGUCCCAUAUCAUGCAUCCCUUCUGUUUAAACGAGGGAUUGAUUCAUAGUUUCACGACUGAGCCAGAACACCUUUACAUUUGUGGAUCAUGAUGUCUUGGAAAAGUGUUCAAACCCCCUUAAACGUGCUCACAUUUUUCCACAUUACAACCAAAAACCUUAAUGUUUAUUAUCAGGCUUUAAUGUGAUAGAGCAGUGUUUUUCAAACCUUGUCCUCACGGCACACUGCCCUACUUGUUGGAGAUGUUUUCCUGCUUCAGCACAUCAGAUUUCCACUGGUGGCUGAUUAACAGGCUUCUGCUGAACUGCACUCAUCAGAAUCAGGUGUUUUAAAGCAGUGAAACAUCUUAAAUCUGCAAGGCGGUGUGCCUUGAGGACCAAGGUUGGAAAACACUGAAAGAGCAACACAGGUAUUGCAGAAUUUUGAAGUGGAAGGAAAAAGAUACACAGUUUACAAACUUUUGUGGCAUGCAUAUGUAUUUAUGGCUGGGGUAUAUUCACCAGCUUUGCACAUCUAGACACUGAAUUAUUUUUUUGCCUAUUCUCCUUUGCACAAUAGCUCAAGCUUAGAUCGGAUGGAUACCACCUGUGAUCAGCGAUUUCCAAGGCCUGCAAAAUAUUUUUGAUUUGACUACAUCAGUCUAACGUGUUGCUGGCUAACGAGAACGUGUAUUUCUACCCCCAGUCUUCUGACACCUCUAACAAAGGCUCAAAAUUCCUCAAGGGCUGGUGUGUUUUAGAUGUUUCCCUAGUUCAGCUCACUUAAAUUAAAUGAAUAACUUAUGAGCAUGCCUCUUCUGAUCCCGAUAUGCUGAGGAAGUUAUUCAGCCUUUUGGAUAAGCUGUGUUAGAGCAGGAGACAUCUAAGACCUGGAGAACGACAGACCUUGAGAUCUGGAGUUGGACACCCUUGCUCUUACAGCUUUUUAUCCAGACUUGCUGUGCAUUUAGCUCCCUCCAUCAUCCCUUUGUCUCUGACAAGCGUCCCUGUCCUUGCUAAAGAGAAGCAUCCCACAGGAGGAUGCUGCCACCAUCAUCAUGUGGAUGGCGUGUUAGGGGUGAUGUACAGAGGGAGUUAUUAUCAACACAGAAUUUUAUUUAGGGGGAUAAAUUCAUUUGCAUGUCACACAUUUCUGAUUUGUAGAAGUUCGAAAAAUCAUGCAUCCUUUGACUUCCACUUCACACUGCUACACUGCUCUGUGUUGCUCUAUCAUAUACAAACCCAGUGUAUUACACUGAAGUGUGUUGUAAUGUGACAAAAUAUGAAAAAGUUAAAGGGUUAGAAAUACUUUUCCAAGAAACUGUAGGCUAUUUGCACCACAACAGGUUUUAAUUUUCUAUUCAACGUGACCCUUGGGGAAAAGGAUGUUUUAGAAGGUAAGAUAUGGACAUUUUCUUCUUAUAGCCAGAUAGCUGAGAGGACAUUACCGUAUUUUGUCUGCUUUGAGUCAAGAGCUGAAUGUUAUCUGUGCAGCUGGUACAGAGAGGCAAAUGCUCCUGGAAAGCUGCUUUUUUUCUGGACUGGAGCCGAGCCAAAAGGACUUGUCCUGUGCACUCAAGGAUAUCUGCCUAACUGUGUGUGAAGACCAUAGAGGCAGCAGCCAGUGGACUGCUUGUGCUUCUUUAAAGUUAAUCUGCAGGUGGCCAAUGCCUAUUAGCCAAAGUCACAUUUAUGCAAACAGCUACUUGAAGUGACGGUGCGAAGAAGAUGGUAUUUUGCAAAGGAGUUUGAGAAAUGCAAAGCGCAACUUCACAGGGGGCAAACUCUGCACUAGUGGGUGUCCCUGAAAGAAAAUUCACUCUGAAUUUUUGAGAUAAAUACUUUAUACUGUAUUAUUGCACCGACUUUCGUAUGUUGCAUCACACUAAACUAUUCCUCGUGUAGUAAUUCUCAUUCUGCUUGACUGCUGUGUGUUUUUAGGCACACAGCUUUUGUAUGACGUUUAUACCAGGAUUUUAUAAAUCAUUUUAUUUUGCUAGCAAUUCAUUGUACAUUUCAAUACACUAUUUUGUAUGAAGAAGAGUAAAAUUAGUGAACAUUUUUUCAAACAAAGCCAA